AUGGACACCUUCCAGGAGGUGUUUCAGAAGUUGGGGAAGAUCGGGGAGGGAACCUAUGGCGUGGUGUACAAGGCUCGCAACAAGCGCACAGGGCAGCUGGUGGCCCUCAAGAAAAUCCGCCUGGACUCGGAGGCAGGUGAGGGUGUCCCCAGCACCGCGAUCCGAGAAAUCUCACUGCUGAAGGAGCUAAAGCACCCCAACAUAGUCAGGCUCCUGGAUGUCAUACACAGCCACAAGAAGCUCUAUCUAGUGUUUGAGUAUCUGACUCAGGACCUGAAAAAAUACAUAGACUCAGCCCAAACUGGAGAGCUUCCUUUAAGCUUGGUCAAGAAUUACCUUUUCCAGCUGCUGCAGGGUGUGAGCUUCUGCCAUUCGCACAGAGUCAUCCACAGGGACUUGAAGCCGCAGAACUUGCUGAUUAACGAAGCAGGAGCAAUCAAGCUGGCUGAUUUUGGACUGGCAAGAGCUUUUGGAAUCCCCCUGCGCACAUACACUCAUGAGGUGGUGACUCUGUGGUACCGAGCCCCUGAAAUACUGCUGGGAUGCAAAUACUAUUCAACUGCAGUGGACAUCUGGAGCGUCGGCUGCAUCUUUGCAGAAAUGGUGACCAGGAAGCCCUUAUUUCCAGGGGACUCUGAGAUCGAUCAGCUGUUCCGGAUCUUUCGCACCCUGGGCACUCCCACCGAGGUGACCUGGCCCGGGGUGACCCAGCUGCCCGACUACAAGAGGGAAUUUCCCCGAUGGGCAAGGAAGGAGAUGAAGGAAAUUGUUCCCAACUUGGAUCAAGACGGUAGAGACCUACUGGUGCAAUUGCUCCUGUACGAUCCCAACAGGCGCAUCUCAGCCAAGGCAGCCCUCAGUCACCAGUACUUUGUCCGGAGAAGCCCUCAGAGCCCUGAAGAGCAACGUGCACUGCAGGGACACUGCAGAUGAGCAGACUCAGCUCUCCCCACGAGUUUACACCUCCGGCUAUCGGUGAAGAUCUGACUUUGGGCACUGAGCAGGGGCUGGCUGGGACCCAGGGUCUCACAUCUCCCGAGGAGCCUGGAGGGGGGACAUUCUUGCAUUUAGAGACUCACAGCCUGUUGCUGGGGGAAAGUUUGUCUGGGUUACAGCCAGCAGAGCUGUUUUGACACUGAAAUGUAGAUGAGAGGGUAUCUUUCAGAAGGUUGUCCUUGCGUUAGUCAGUGAACUAAGGUAACACACAGUGACUUCUGUCUCUCCACACAGGAGCAUCCCCAGGUCUGCUGGUGGCAGUUUCUGACACCAGGGUGUGCUGGAGCUCCACUUGUGUGGGCGAGUGCUUCUCUGCUCAGCCCUUCACUGCCCUUACCAAAAUCUGGAGCUGUUUAACUUGAGCUGUUUAACAGAGCUGUCGUUCUUCUCUGUCACAAACUGAAGAGCACUAUCAGAUAUCUUAAUGUGUGCCUCAGCUGGGACCAAGAAGCCAAAAGAUCCGGGUAGCUUAAAGCACUUGUUGAAUAUUGGCUGGAAAUAGUAACAGCUGAAACACUGCCUUUCCCUUGUCCACUGUGCUGCUGUUUCCUUCACUUCAUUGUCUUGGAAAUGUUUUUGCUGUUCAAAUGUUUGGAGAAUUGGCACAAGCU